UGCAAUGUAAUUGGCUGUGCUUGGCAGCCAUACGCUUUUCCCGCCAUUCCGCAAAUCAAGCUGACGAAGAUGGCAAAGCCGAAAGCCGCAUCUUUCUCAGAAGAGGAGUUGGCAACGAACAAAAUGCAAACGAAUUUGACAAACGAAGGCGCUGACAGUUCCGAUGAAGGACAUUCAACUGAUGAUGCUGGAGGUGGUGGAGAUAACAAAGAAACAAAACAUGAAACCGAGGACACACCUACACAGAAAUCGCCCAAAAAGUCGCCACAGAAAAGUCCGAAGAAGAAAAGAGCACUGAUUGAAUCUGACGAGGAGGAAGAGGAGCCCCUGAAAACAACUCCAAAAAAGCAGACGAGUAAAAAAUCUUCUCCCAUAAAAAAACCAGCUUCUGACGGAGAUGGAGAGGCUAGUCCCCAAAAGGCAAUGCCGGCAACAAAAGACAUUUCCAGCGAAAACGAGGACCAGGAUGUGGAAACGGAGAAAGAUGAAAAACACUUGGCGUUGUAUGACCAGCCGACUGAGCUGUCUGGAAAGAGGGUAAGGAAGAAGACAGAACGGUUGGUUUUUACUGCUCCUCCACUGUCUUCCGAAAAGCCAACCCUUGAAAUACCAGAAGGCAAGGGAGAAAAACUGGGCGAGUGCGAACGAAUUAAUCAUUUCUUGUCAAAGACAAGGGCAGAUGAUCUGAAACCUCUUCACGUGCUUCUAUAUGACAGAGUAGGAAAGGUGACUGUUGUGAAAAGAGACAUUCGCCUGUUCUGUGGCUUUGCUUUCAGCCACAAGGACCCUGAGUAUGCGAAGAAAUCUGAGCGUUUAAAUAGACUGAAUAUGGGGGCAUUGAGAAAGUUAUGUGAGGUGCUGGAUCUGGACCGUAAAGGAACCAAAGAGGAAGUAGUAGAAAAAAUUAUGACCUUCUUGCUAAUGCCAAAUGACAACGGAAGAAAAGUUCCUGUUUCAAAGCGAGCAAAGGCUAUGCGAAAGAAACGAAAGCGAGCUUCUUCUAAAGGUAGUAGUCCAAAUAAAAGACCCAAGAAGAACACUUCUGAUAAAGAAGACGAGGAACGUGAUGAUGACAGUGGUGAAAACCUAGAUGGAAGUGAAGACGGAGAAGAAGAAGAAGAAGAAGAAGAGGAAGAGGAAAAGAGUGAGAAGAAAAAACCAACAAAAACGAAGACAGCAUCUAAACCUAAAGAGUCAAAAGGAAAGGAAUCGAAAAAAAAGCAGAGGAAAGUAAAAGUGGUGUUGAGUGAGAGUGAAGAAAGUUCUGACGAUGAACCACUGGCCGCAAAAGUGAAGAAACCACCAACAAACGACGAGGUUAAAGAAGCCAUAAAAAAUAUUCUGGAGGGUGCCAACUUGGAAGAGGUCACUAUGAAGUCUGUGUGCAAAGAGGUGUAUGCAAAAUAUCCAGAUUUUGACCUUUCGGAUAGAAAGGACUUCAUCAAGGUGGCAGUGAAAAAAAUCAUAUCUUAAUUUUCGUGUAGCCGUCGAGGAUGUCUGUAAAUUCCUUCUUUGUCGUCCAUGAAUCUACGUGAAACUGUCACCAGCGGCGACUAGCAUUCAGGAAUGCGAUCAUGUUCUAACUACGACUGAUAGCUGAUGAUGAUUGCUAUGAGUUCCACACAGAAAGUUCAGCAAGUCCUGUGACCCUUUUUUUCGAAUAUCAUGUUUUCUUGCACUUCGCAUUUUUUAGAUGUGGGGGGAAGAUAGAGGCAUUGUAAGUGUAAUAGGAUGGAUAUGAUAUCGUCUGGCUCUAGUGCUUUUAACUGGCCAUGUAAUAUGGUUGAUUAUGAGGCAAGUGCCAGUUGUAUGAACUACGGAUUCAGGUGUGAAUAUUUUGACAGGUAAAUAACCUUGAUAUUUCCUUCCAAUUUUCCAUUUAGCACUUAUAAAUGUGUUAGUCUUUGUCAAACAAGUUUUUGGUGUUAUCCAUUACAACUCCUAUGAAAUGUUUUUUAGCCAAUUUGAAAAUUCUGGCUUUGGGGAUGAUCGGUGCAUAGAUGUAUGGUAUAUUUUAUGCCUUUAAAUUUGGAAGAAUUUAAUUGGUGAAGUUCUACACAAUUAUAAACUAUAUUACUACGAAAUCAGUUCACUUAUCGGUUCAGUACAGUUAGGAAAAAUAGAAGAUUAGAUUAAUUACCUGUAGCAAAUAUUUUAUAUAGCAUUAGUGGUUAUUUCAUGUUUUUAUGUUGAAUGGAAGUGUAGUGUACCCGUGUAAAAUGUAUUGGCAUUCAUGUGGUUUGUUAAAAACGGCAGGAACAAUUUUACUGUAUCCAUGUAAAUUUUUUCUUCGAACAUUCAAAUUGUGCAUGUCUUGUCAGGUUUAGUAGAACCGCAUAGAUUUUCAUCAUACUAUUUUCAGAAAUAGGAAAAUCUUCGAUGUACAGAAAUUUUAAGAUGGCGUCUACUGUAACUAUACUGACCAUUUCAUUCAAAUAAAUGUUUUUUAAAUAAUAGA